CCAACAUGGCGGCGCCCAGCUCUUUAAGUCAGCACCUGCUUUUGCUCAGCUUGUAAUUUUAACCUUGGCGGGACCAUGGACACGCCAGGCUUCACGGUCUCGCUGGUGAUAUUGGGGUCUUGCAGUGUUUCCUUGUGGCCUCUGACUCUCAAACGGCAAUGAUCUCCCUGCCUCAGCCUCUCAGGUUCUUCUGACUCAACCUCUUCAGUGCUGAGAUUACAGAUAUAUGCUGGAACAUUGAGGCUGGAGGGGUAGCAGGUGUUUCUGUGGACUUGAUCUUAUUUCCUUUGGAUACUAUUAAGACAAGGCUGCAGAGUCCCCAGGGAUUUAACAAGGCUGGCGGGUUUCGUGGAAUAUAUGCUGGUGUCCCUUCUGCAGCUGUUGGAUCCUUUCCUAAUGCUGCUGCGUUUUUCCUCACCUAUGAAUAUGUGAAAUCUUUGCUGCACACCGACUCAGCUCCACAUUUCAAACCCAUGAAGCACAUGCUGGCUGCCUCUGCAGGAGAAGUGGUUGCCUGCUUGAUUCGAGUUCCUUCUGAAGUGGUUAAGCAGAGGGCACAGGUGUCUGCUUCGUCAAAGACCUUGCAGAUUUUUUCUACUAUCUUAAGUGAAGAGGGCAUCCAAGGACUGUACCGAGGCUAUAAAAGCACAGUUUUAAGAGAGAUUCCUUUCUCCUUGGUCCAGUUUCCCUUGUGGGAAUCCUUGAAAGCCCUCUGGUCGUGGCGGCGGGGUCAUGUGGUGGAUUCUUGGCAGUCAGCAGUCUGCGGAGCUUUUGCAGGUGGCUUUGCAGCUGCAGUCACUACACCUCUGGACGUGGCUAAGACACGGAUCAUGCUGGCCAAGGCGGGGUCCAGCACUGCUGUUGGGAACGUGCUCUCAGCCAUGCACGGGGUGUGGCGCUCACAGGGACUAGCAGGGUUAUUCGCAGGUGUCUUUCCAAGAAUGGCAGCCAUCAGCAUGGGAGGCUUUAUCUUUCUGGGUGCCUAUGACCAGACCCGAAGCUUGCUGUUAGAGGUGGGCAGGAAGAGCCUGUGAAGCAGCCAGUACCUGUCCUUGGAGGACUGCUGUGCAGUCCCUGCCUUCCCGUGACUGGUGCGACUGUGUAUCCCUGAAGAUGCCUGCGGAGAGCAGCUUUAACGAAGGCCGAAGCCCAGCUGUCCCCAGGGAAGUAUCCUUGGUGCAGCUCUGACCCAACAUGUCAGUCCUCUCAAUAAAUACUCUUGGUAAGGCUCACACCAGGCCCUUCAGAGUUGUUUUGAUUAGAAUCCUGCACUUUCUGCUCUCUAUUGGAGUCACCAGAAAAGCAAGCUGGCUACAAGUGGAAGUGAGUGAGCAGACUGGGAGGAGGAAGGAGGCUUGGGGCAAAAGCUAAGGUGCGGGUGUUUCUCCCCUGGGCUAAUGCCUAUUGUGUAAGAUUAUAGCUUUGUUUAAAAAGCAUGAACUGCAGGUGCAUAGCAUGCAUUCUUUCUGGUGAGGAGGCUGCUGUUUUUAAUUACCCUUGUAUUUCUCCUAUAAAAACAUAAAUAUGAUUAUAUUACUUUACAGAAAAGUGCCCCCAAAGUCCCUGGAGUGUAUGACAGACAGCAGACAGCUGCAGUGCCAGUGAGUGGGUGGGCCCACAGGGAAGCAAAGCCCGUGACCACACUGUCCUCCCUGGAGGCCAGCUGGAGCUGCCCCUUUGUCCUCAUGGUAUACGCCAGCAGGAGGUAGAAGGGUCAGCAUAUUUGGGGAGCAUAAGGCUUGACUAACCAACUCCAUAUGGAAAAAAAGUGAGCUAUCUGAGGAAUGUAGUGCCACUGUGUCUUUCGGGGGCAACAGUGUGGUCGGUGCUGCUUGGUCUAAGCAGUCUCCUUUUGGGGAAACAUUGUUAAUAGCAGAGUGACUGCACUUACAAGAACAGUGACUGCAACACACACUUAUAUUUAUAAAUGAACCUUUAUUAAAGACACUUUAAUGCCAUUUGUUAGACACUUCAAUAUUUUACAUGUUUUCAAUGUACACUGUACCAAAAUUUCUAUAAAUAAAUAACUCUGUACAUAAAAAGUAAUACUUCCUCUUUCACAUUGCCUCUCAGAAGCAGCAAAUUCACAUAUUUUGUGGAAGUAACAAUAACCAUCCAGCUGUGGAGAAUAGCCUUCUCAGUGUGCUUGCCCUGGCCACGGUGACACUACACUGUGACACAGGCCAUCUCUGUGCCAACGCUUCCCCUCAGUUUUCUGGAGUUUUAAGGACCGAGUUUAUUUCCAUGUAGUCUUUACUGAAUUACACAUUGGCACUCACAAGAUGGUUAGCAACAGGGCCCCAAAGUGCAAAUACACCCAGAUCUAGGACUCAAGUCUUGUGCAGUCCAAGCCCAGUUUCACUGUGCGAGGAACAGUGUGGACAGGCCUGCUCAGCAGAACUCAGCUGGCCCUGGAAACAGACUUCCUCCUUUUCUCCCCCACUGUGAUUCUGUGUUGGCAGAAAUAAACCUCACUAUUUGAGAAUCCACAGGUACCAACACUGGUAGCCUCCGCCUUAAUAAGCUUCAAAGAACCACUGAAGGUGACAAGACAUUUGCUUUUACCAAGUGAGUUACAGAGAAAGACAGAAGGCAGUGCGUAAUUGUUCUGAGCCAUGAUGGCAUUUGGUGGAUUAACAGCCUUCAAUCUCGACCCGUGCACCCUGCUCUACUGUGAGGCUGCCAACACCACGCCUGCAUAGGUCUGGCCAGUGCACUCGAAUCUGACCACUAAGUGCCACAUAGCUAAGAUGCCCUCCUCCUUCCCAACCACCAGCAACAGCUGAUAUGUUUUACCUGAAUUCCAACUGUGCAGUAAGGCACCAGAACGAUUCCUGACCCUCUCCAAAAUUAGACAGCAACCUAAUGUGAAAAUAUCACCAAAAGCGGGACCCAUGCGCUAAGGAUUAAAAUAGUCUCUGUAAAAGAUAUAUAAUAUAUAUGAAAUCUCUGAAAACUCUUAUGUACAGUGGUAUCAAAUACUUUUUCUGUCUUUUGUACACAAAUAGUCUCUUGCAUUUCUGUGCUCCAGAUGCCACGUCCUUUAGCCGACUGACAUUCCACACGGAAGUCAAAACUGUCCAGAGUGAUGUCUGGACACAAACUUCCCACAGCCUCUCCUACCUCGUUCCUGUAGCGACUGCUUUAAA